UGUUUUGUUUGACUGAUUCCAAGUAGAAACCUACUAUAAUAUCUGCAUCAUUUUCUUUUGUUUCUCAUACAAAAAUUAGUUUCUUUCUAGGUGUUGAAUUUCGAUUUCUGAAUUUUCAUCAUCUACCUUGUAGAAACUUUUUAACUGGAAACCUAUUACUGAACCACAAUUAAUGUCUCCAGCCUUUGUUUUCUCUAUUAUUUUUCUUAUUUUUGCAAUCACACUUCCAUAUUUAGUGAAUGCUCAAACAGACAGGGGUAUUGUAGCCUUAGGUUCAACCCUUUCAUCCAACGACAACUCCACAUGGACCUCCCCGUCCGGUGAUUUUGCGUUCGGAUUCCGGCCAUUUCCGGGUCAAGAAGAUCAGCUCCUUGUUGCUAUAUGGUUUGCCAAGAUUCCGGAUGAAACUAUAGUUUGGUCUGCACCUUCACAACCUGUGCCCAGAGGAUCAAAAGUUGAGCUGACAUCGGAAGGAUUGCUUGUACUCCAAGCACCAGGAACCUCGGAGUUAUGGAGUACUUCGAACAGGAAUAACUCAAAGCCGCUGCAGGGCGCUAUGCUCGAUACAGGGAACUUUGUGAUCGUGGCGGAUGAUUCAAGUUACAUAUGGGAGAGUUUCAGGAAUCCAACCAACACUAUCUUGCCUACCCAAGUACUGAACGUUGGAGACAAGCUUUCUUCAACUCUCCUAGAGAAGAAUUUCGCCAAAGGAAAAUUUGAGCUUCUUCUUAAACCUGACGAAUUGGUAAUUCAACAGAUCGAGGCUGUCACUGGCUUUUCGUAUGGAUCAUAUGUAAAUUUUCCUGACGUAAUGCAAUUACUUUUCAAUGAGUCGGGUGAUAUAUUUACCAAGGGACCGAACAAUACAAUGAUCCAGCGCAUUAUUAAAGGAAGCUUUCCGACAAGUAGGAAUUUCUACUUCAGGACAACACUUGAUUUUGAUGGGACUUUGACACAGUAUAUUCAUCCGAGGAAUCCGAAUGGGAACGAAAGCUGGUCAGUAGCAUCCGUGACUCCUUCGAACAUCUGUUUCGGCGAUAUAUUUUACAUGGGCAGUGGCCCUUGUGGGUACAAUAGCUUUUGUGAAGCUGGUGCUCAUGGAAAACCUAAGUGUGGAUGUCCCCCUGGUUUUACUAUCUUGGAUCCGAACAACCCCUACAGUGGCUGCAUCAUCCAAGCUGGUGGAAACCAUCAGGAUUACUGUAACCAAGACCAAGCCACCUUGGAAAAAUAUUAUGACUUCUUUUAUAUGGAUGGGGCUGAUUGGCCUGUAGCAGAUUACGAACAACUGAGUCCGAUGUCGUCGGAACAUGAAUGCAGGAGCAAUUGCAUGCGUGAUUGUAACUGUGCAGUCGCUAUAUUCCAGGACCCCAAGUUCGAUGAUGGUAUUGGGAAUUGCUGGAAGAAGAAACUUCCCCUUUCAAAUGGCAGGUUAGACCGAGGUGCUAUCGACAGAAGAGCUCUUUUCAAGGUAGUGAAGCAAAAUACUUCUUCACAGCAGCCGAAUCCUAAAUCGAACAAAAAAGAUGAAGAUCAAAUCAUAUUGAUUCUUGCAAUCCUGCUGGGUACCUCUGCGUUUUUCAAUUUCUUUUCGGUAGCUGCAAUCUGUGUCUCUAUCUACUUCUUCUUUAAAAGAAAAGUUUUCGGUACUUCAGAUGACAGAGAUCUAGAAACCAAUUUGCGUUCUUACACAUACAGGGAUCUUGAAAAGGCUACCAACAACUUCAAAGAAGAACUCGGUAGGGGUGCUUUUGGCACCGUUUACAAAGGAUUGUUACCGUCGAGCUCAAGCAACUAUAUUGCUGUCAAGAAAUUGGACAAAAUGGUUGAAGAAGGGCAAAAGGAAUUUCUAAGUGAAGUGAACAGCAUAGGUCAAACUCAUCACAAGAAUCUUGUCCGAUUACUUGGUUAUUGUGAUGAAGGUGACUGCCGACUUCUUGUCUAUGAAUUCAUGCAAAAUGGCUCUUUAUCAAGCUUCUUGUUUGGAUCUUUAAGGCUCAACUGGCAACAACGAGUGCAGGUCGCGUUAGGGAUUGCACGAGGGCUAAUGUAUUUACACGAAGAAUGCAGCAAGCAAAUCAUUCACUGUGACAUAAAGCCUCAAAACAUACUAUUGGAUGACUCCUUCACGGCCAAGAUUUCUGAUUUCGGACUUGCCAAACUUCUUAUAAACAAUCAGUCACGAACGCUCACUUGCAUCAGGGGAACUAAAGGCUAUGUCGCUCCAGAGUGGUUCCGGAAUACUCCUGUCACAGCGAAGGUAGAUGUUUACAGUUUUGGAGUGAUGCUGUUAGAAAUCAUUUGCUGUAGAAAAUGUGUGGAAUUCGAGUUGGAGAAAGAAGCAAUACUAUCCGAGUGGGCUUAUGAAUGUUACCGUAAACGAAAAGUGGAGACGCUGGUCGAAAAUGACGAUGAGGCAAUAAGCGAUCUCAAGAGGUUGGAGAAGUUGGUGAUGGUGGCAAUAUGGUGUGUGCAGGAGGAGCCAUUGCUAAGACCUUCCAUGAGAACAGUUUCCUUAAUGCUAGAAGGGAUUCUUGAGGUUCCUGUGCCUCCAUGCCCUUUCCCUCACAAUUCCCUUUCUUUUGAAUCCUUAAAUCAAAUAUCUGUCAGCAAAAAUCAAAAGAUUGUUCAGAAAUGUGUUACGGACUUGCCGGAAGUUGAAGAGUAGCAGAUUCAGAGAGCCAUAGUACUUCUCUAUGUAUAGAAUAAAAAGCUAAAAAUAUUAUGAGCAUAAUGUAUAGUUCCUUUGAGAUAUCCUAAUUUUCAAAAUCCCAAAAUUUCAGUGAGCAGAAUCAUAUGCUAAUCAAAUUAUGGA